AUGGUCCACGCAUACUUCGACCCCGCCCAGGCUGCCGCUUUCAACGCCCUCGCCACCAAGAAGGACAGUACCUUCGAGAUCAAGUAUUUCAACUUCCAUGGCCUCGGUGGUAUCGCCCGUACCCUCCUCGCCAUCUCCGGCAGCAAGUUCACCUCUGUCACCCCCGAGGACUGGGCCUCCGAGAAGUCGCUUACUCCCUUUGGCGUCAUGCCCAUCCUCACCGAGACCUCUGCCGACGGCAAGACUACCAUCCAUAUCGCCGAAACCGGCGCCAUCGAACGCUACCUCGCCCGCAAGUUUGGACUCCUUGGCUCCGACGCCUUUGAGGAGGUCCUCGUCAACACCUUUGUCUCCAACAACCACUCCCUCCAGUGGGCCAUCAUCGGAAAAUACUUCAUGAUCAAGGAUCCCGAACUCAAGGCUGCCAACAAAGAGUCUCUCAUCGCCAACAACAUCGCCCCUUGGAUCAAGUACCAUGAGGAACACCUUUCCACCAACGGCGCCAACGGACACUAUGUCGGCAACAAAGUUUCCUUGGCCGAUGUCACGACUGAUUUCUUGCUUGGGCUGAUCCAGGGUGUGAUCGGGGAGGAGUUGGUCUCGAAGAGUAAGACCCCUGCUAUUUGGCAAGUCCGCGAGAAGUUGAACAAGAUCGAGAGCUUGGCUGCUUGGAAGCAGACUGAGGAGUUCAAGGCGUUUAGCGCGAAGAACCUUGCUAGCUUUGGCUACUGCUAA